AUUCUUACCCAGUAAAAGGCCAGCCAAAUAGAAAAACCAACUCUUCUUCCAGAAUCCAUAUACAAGCAAAUCCAGUCAAAACCAACCGUCCUAGCUGCCGUUUUAUUUUAUUAAUCUUCUCUUCUAAGAAAAUAUAAAAGGAAAAGGAGCACCAAUUUGGUAGUAGCUGUUCCGCCAUCAUUCAAUUCUUUCUUCAGCUUCAAUCAAAAGAAUUCACAAGUUCGCAUUGGCUUCUAAGAAUUUCAUUCACUCAUUUUCUGAUUGUUUCUCGUCAAUCUAUGGCGAUAUCUCCACAAAACUUUCCCAGAAAACGGCGUCCAUCCGCCGGAUCGUUCAUUUCUCCUACCUUAUCCGAUCGCAGAUUGGUUCAAUCUCUGCUUCUGGUCUCUCAAGAGAUUUCGUCUCUGGCGCCGCUUCAGUUUCUUCUCAAGCGCAAUUCCGUUUCAAUUAUUCGCAAAUCUAAUCUCCUCGCCUUCCUGUUCGAAGAGCUUCUGCGCAAUCCGGUGUCCUGUUUCGCUCCUACGGCUAUCCUCUGCUUUGAAGAAAUGUAUAUAGUCUUGCAAAGGAUGAAAACAUUGAUCGAGGAUUGUUCCAACGGAAGCAGGACAUGGCUUCUCAUGCAGAACGAAUCGGUUUCCAACGGUUUUCAUGAACUCACUCUGGAUUUAUCGACCUUGUUGGAUAUUAUUCCGGUGAAAGGCCUGGAUUUGGUCGAAGAUAUUGAAGAACUUGUCCUUUUAAUCAGAAAACAGUGUUCGGAAACCGCUGCUUAUGUAGAUCCCACAGAUGAAACUCUCAGACGAGAUUUACUGAAAAUGCUCGAUCAGAUCAAGAGGGAGAUUGUUCCCGAUCAUAAAAAAUUAGCCGAGAUAUUUGAGAAAUUAGAUUUACAAGACUCCGCAAGUUGCAGUGAUGAGAUUAAAAGCCUUGAAGAAGAGUUUCAGAAUCAAAGGGAUGACAAAAGCAAAUCUGAAGUCACAGCAUUGAUCGGCCUGGUCCGUUACGCCAAGUGCGUUCUCUUCGGAGCGUCCACGCCCAAGUCCCACGGUCGGCGGCAAAAAUCCAUGACGGACACAAUUAUACCGGCCGACUUCCGGUGUCCGAUCACUCUCGACCUGAUGCGGGACCCAGUAGUCGUGGCAACGGGACAGACGUAUGAUCGGACAUCGAUCAAUCGCUGGAUCGAAUCUGGACACAACACGUGUCCCAAGACAGGUCAGAUCCUAGCCCACACAAAGCUAAUCCAAAACCGCGCUCUCAGGAACCUCAUCAUACUAUGGUGCCGGGAGCAAGAAAUUCCAUUCCAAACAACGGAAGUCAACGAUAAAGUUAAAGCCGCCACGCAAAACAAAACGCUUUUCGGCGCCACGAAGAUGACCGUGUUAUUUCUCAUCAACAAGUUAACCGAUUCAGAGUCGGUGGAGGCCACGAAUCGCGUGGUUCACGAGCUUCGCGUACUCGCCAAGACAGAUUCGGAAAGCCGAGCCUGCAUUGCCGAAGCAGGAGCUAUACCUUUGCUAGUGAGGUUCUUGGGUUCUGACAACCCAAGCCUCCAGGUCAACGCCGUCACAACGCUCCUCAACCUUUCCAUCCUGGAAGCCAACAAGACCAGGAUAAUGGAAAUAGAUGGAGCUCUGAACGGCGUCAUCGAGGUGCUGAGAUCAGGUGCCACGUGGGAGGCGAAGGGCAACGCGGCAGCCACCAUAUUUAGCCUAGCUGGAGUGCAGUCGUAUAGGAAGAGAUUGGGGAAGAAGACACGCGUCAUAAAGGGGUUGAUGGAUUUGGCUAAAGGGGGGCCCGCGUCUUCGAGAAGAGAUGCAUUGGUGGCAAUUUUAAGUUUGGCGGGUGAAAGAGAUACAGUUGGGAGGUUAAUCGAAGGAGGAGUGGUGGAGAUGGUCAUUGAAGUAAUGGCAGCAUCACCGGAGGAGGCUGAGGAGGCUGUGACUGUACUGGAAGUGGUGGUGCGGAGAGGUGGAUUAGUGGCAGUUGCUGCAGCUUACCAUGCAAUCAAGAAACUGAGUGUGGUGUUGAGGAGCGGAUCGGACAGAGCAAGAGAGAGUGCCGCGGCCACGCUUGUUAAUAUUUGUAGAAAAGGAGGGUCGGAGACGGUGGCAGCGCUUGCGGCAAUGCCAGGAAUAGAGAGAGUGAUAUGGGAGUUGAUGGGAACUGGAACUGAGAGAUGUAGAAGGAAAGCAGCGUCGUUGUUGAGAAUGCUCCGGAGAUGGGCAGCUGGGUUGGAUGAGGAUGUGCCCACUACCACUGGCCACUCCACCACUGUAACCACAACCUCCAGGCCAGUACUGCACAGCUGAAAUGUGUUGUUUCAAUAUUUGUUUCAUUUAAUUUGUAAAUUGACAUUCUUCUGGGUAAAAUGAUUUAUUCUCUGUUUCGCAAAUCAAUUAAUCAAUUUUGUGCUUUUAAUUUGUGUA